AACGCCAGGCAGGCUUACGGCCCUCGCCAAUCAGGGGCUUGACCUCUCCCGGUAAGCUCCGCCUUGGCCCGGCUAGGGUUCCGGUCUCUCGGUUGCCAUGGCGGCCGCUGCUGGCAUUCCCGGUGCGGCCUAUGAAUGUAACAUCUGCCUGGAGACGGCUCGGGAGCCGGUGGUCAGUGUAUGCGGUCAUCUGUACUGCUGGCCUUGUCUUCAUCAGUGGUUCGAGACCCGGCCGGAGCGUCAGGAGUGUCCUGUGUGUAAGGCGUCCGUCAGCCGAGAGAAUGUCAUCCCAAUAUAUGGCCGAGGGGACAGUAACCCGCAGGACCCCAGGUUGAAGACUCCUCCAAGACCUCAGGGACAGAGGCCAGAACCAGAGACCAGAGCAGGAGGGGGGAUCCCGGGAUUCACGGACACCGGCUUCCACAUGUCUUUCGGCAUCGGUGCUUUCCCUUUCGGCUUUUUUACUACAGUCUUUAACACUAAUGAUUUCCAGUCCGCACCUCGUGCAGACACUGGACUCCCCCAGGGAAGGAUGUUUGGCCUCCCCGACUCCCUCUUCCUCAUCAUCGCUGCCUUCUUUUUCCUCUGGUUGAUAAGCGUGUAAGGCUGCAGUUCACAUCACUCGCCAGCAGGGGGCCUUAAGCCAUUCACAACACUCCAGGCUCUGCUAUGAGCCCCAUCCUCUUCCUGCACACGCACUCCUCGGCCUACCAGAUGGUUUAUAACGUCCCCCUCCCCACCCCCACUCCCGUUUCCCCCCCCCCCCCCCCCCAAUUUCAUCCAAUCCUAUCUUUUUCUAUGGGCACUUUACAUAUCGCCACUCCAGGUCACGACCCCUUUAAAUCUUUUUACAUUUGUAAGUAUUCUUUUUUUUUUUCUUUUUGCACAUUGUAAAUGGUUGACCUUGAAACUGAUGGAAACCUUUUUGGAAUUUCUAUCGUUGGACCAAUUUAAUAGAGUUCUCAGAUUCUGCGGACAUGGCUGAUACGGAACGUCUUCUCCAAUCUUGUAUAAAAAGUCUUAACUUCCUCGGAGGUCAUUGCCGAAUUGUCUUCUUGGGCUCCAAAUGAUGACGUGAUACACUGACGGUGUCUUAGAUACCGGGUGCUGCGAUGUAUCUGAGCAGAGAGGUCAUUUGUUAGUAAAAUUCCUAAUGGUUAAUUGUC